AUGGUGCUUGCGAGUGAAGAGGCUUCCAGUCUCAACUCGUUAGAUGCUGCCGACUAUGACCCCAUCAACCACCUCAACGCUAUCUUCUCGCAGCCGUCGACCCUUUCUUCCGUCUCGAGAGUAUCGCUAGCCUUGGACACCUAUCAAAAUGAUCUCGACCGCGAAAUCGCCGCUGCGGUGAAACACCAAACCAAUGCUGACGCCGAAGCCGUCAAACGGAUACAAGAUGCUGAAUCAGACCUUCCUGAACUCUUCGAGAAAGUUGAGAAUGUCAGCAGACGUGCCAUGGAGACGGAGGAAGCGAUCACAGACAUGACAGCGGAUAUCAAAAGGCUCGAUAACACGAAAAGAAAUCUAACGCUAUCAAUGACGGCUUUGAAAAGACUCCAAAUGCUCACGACCGCCUAUGAGCAAUUGAAGGGAUUGAGUAGCUCUCGGCAAUAUAGGGAGUGCGCUCAGCUGCUGCAGGCUGUCAUACAGCUCAUGGCACACUUCAAAUCCUAUCGCUCUAUAGACCAAAUCGCUACCUUGAGUCGGAAUGUAUCAGAUCUCCAAAGAGAGCUGCUCGAACAGGUGUGUGAAGAUUUCGAAGUUACAUUUGCAAAGGGCGAAAUUGGACAAAAGAGAUGGUCAUUGGCAGAGGCAUGCCAAGUCAUGGAGGCAUUAGGAGAAAACGCCCGGUCCAGACUGAUUACGUGGUACUGCAACACUCAGCUUCGAGAGUACAGACAACUGUUCAGGGGCAGUGAAGAGGCGGGGUCCUUAGAAAACAUUUCAAUGAGGUAUUCAUGGUUCAAGAGAUUGCUCAAGACCUAUGACAGCGAGCAUGCGCCCCUGUUUCCACAGUCAUGGCGGGUUAGCGAGAUCCUAGCAAACGCUUUUUGUGAAGGGACACGAGAAGACUUCAAGGGUAUUCUUUCAAGGUUAGCAAGAAGGCCUGAUGGUCAGACCAUGGACGUUGAGCUGCUUCUCAAAUGCCUUCAAGAGACUCUCGAAUUCGAGCAGUUUCUGGAGAAAAGGUUCUUCAAUGCUUCUCGUACUUCUAUGGAUACUGUCAGUUCGAGCGACGAUAAGACGGCAAUAUUCAACCAUGCCAUUUCGGAGGCAUUUGAGCCGCACUUGAACAUAUGGGUGGAGGCACAAGACAAACAGCUCUCUAUGUUGAUACCAAGAUAUAAGCAACAACCACUUCGCCCGCCGGAGGAGGAAUUCAGCCCGGAAACAGUCCUCGCGUCCUCGACUGACCUGUUCAAUUUUUAUCGUUUGACUCUUUCGCAAUGUGCGAGGCUUUCACCUGGUGCAAAGCUAUUGGAGCUAUCCAAAGUCUUCGCUAAGUAUCUUGAUCAGUAUGCUCAGCAGAUACUGUGGUAUCAUCUAAGCGAACGCCCGAGCGGUCAAACACCAUCGAAAAUACCUAAUGUAGAAGACAUGAUUGUGGUCCUGAAUACUGCAGACUAUUGCUAUAAUACAAGCGUGCAACUUGACGAAAGAAUCAAAGCUCGGAUAGAUGCUGAAUUCAGAUCAAGUGUCGAUCUGCAGAGUCAAGGAGAAGCUUUUAUGGGCAUAGCUGCUGCAACAGUGCGUGCUUUGGUCCGUAAGGUCGAGCUUGAACUCGAACCGUCGUGGCGGGAAAUGCGAAAUACCGGCUGGAGCAAAAUGGAAAAUGUUACAGAUCAAAGCUCUUAUAUCUCAGAGGCUAUACGAGUAGUGAAUAUGCGAGCUGGUGAGAUUUUAGCGUUGCUGCACAAACAGCAGUACACUCGGGCGUUCUGUGACAAUGUUGUCGACAUGAUGCUGCUCGAUAUCUAUACCUUGAAAAAGUAUUUCGAGGCCCUUCCUAUGCUGAACAGUAAUGUCAAGCAAGCUUCGACUGGAUAUAUCAAGCGCGUCGGCCAUUCAAUGGCACGUAUUGACCCAAUUCUCAAGACUCUUCAAGUCCGCCCAUCCCCCCCGGAAGCUCUCGUGCAGGCCUAUCUUAUCCAUAUUGCAGACAAAUCAGACAGUAACUUCCGCAAGAUUAUUGAGCUCAAGGGGCUCAAGAAGCAGGACCAAUCUCAUCUCACGGAAUUAUUUCAAGCUCAUCGCUCGAGUCCAAAACAUGAGAAUCUCCAGCAAUCGUCGCCUGUACUCACCCCUUUGAGUUUGGGUACAAGCACCAGCUCCCAUCUUUCCACAGGCAUUGGAUCACUAGGACAGGCAGCCAGUCUGAGCACUUCAAAUCUUCCUGGCCGCUUUGAUCCCACAAACUUUGGCAAUGCUAUCAUGACUGCUGCCAGAGACGGUGUCGAUAGGUUUGGAACCCCGGCAUUAAGCUCCAGCACUUCAGGGACUCCCGCAGAGUCGAGGAUUGCAAGUCCUCCGCCGCCUGCAAAUCGACGAGCUUUGAGUCCAGAUUCGCAGGCAAAUUUGUCGACGGGGAACUUGAACGAAAACCUUAGGAAUAUCGGUAAAUUCUUCAAAAGGGAUAUAGGUUUUGGAGGACGCUUUGGACGAAGUGAUGAAGGGUGA